UGCGGGAGCAGUAUGUAAGGAUCUCAUUUACAAACAUUGCUGGGCUGCCCAGAAAAAAGGACUAAAUACCUGUAAUUAUCUAGGCUAUAAUUCAGUUCUUCACCACAUAGUCGCAGUAAAUGGAUCUUUUGCAGAAAACAACUGAAAGCAACAUGAAAUCUCAGCUUCUUGUUUUCUUAUCUCUCUUCUGUUUCUGGACUGUCAUCUCUGAGCAAAUGCCAAAAAGCAUAGAUACAGAAGAGGGUCUCCCAGAAGACGUGCUGAGGAUGAUCGCUCAAGCAGACAUUAAAAGUAUCAAUGAUCUGGAAGAUCUCCUGGGUAUUGAGGCCAAAGAUCCUCCUGGCUUCAAACCCAUGUACAAAAUAGGUGUGCCAAUUAGGCUGGGGAGACACAAAGGUACUAAUGAACACCUUGGACAAAAGGCAAGCAAUGAAGGACGCUCGCUCUCACCGCUUCACCUAGCAAUAACGCCAGAACCACCACUACAGAGCCAACCAAGAUCAUUUAUAGCAGGAUAUUCAAAACCAGCUGGAUGCAAAACACGAAUAGUUUCGGUAGAGGUUCCUCGAUACAAAGUGGACCCGACUUCAGUGGGCUUCCUUCUGUGGCCUUCCUGUGUUGAGAUACAGCGCUGUUCUGGCUGUUGUAACACUAAAACCUAUAAGUGCAUUCCAAUACAUGCAAGUUACAAACCCUUUCAGAUAGCGAAGGUGACUUAUCGAUAUGGUAGGAAUGAGCUCACCAUACACACUGUAUCAAUCAGAGAACAUCUAAGCUGUAACUGCACGGAACUGGCAAGACAUCAACCAAGGUUCCCUCCAAAAUACUAUCGACAAUCAGCUGACAACAACUGAUGUGUAAUCUCACAGUCAACACACAACACUAAAAGGACAGAGUUGACAAACAACUAAUAUAUUGCAUGCAUUAAGGAGGCAGUAUUCUCUCUCUAUCUUUGGAAUGUGCUGGCAUGCAUCCUUUUGGGUGAGCUCACAAAGAUAAUGAGAAGCCACGGCUAUCGGGAUGGUGCUAUGGGUUCUCCAUCACUGGGGACUCCGCCCAGUCCACUUGUGAUGUGCAAUAACUAUGAAGAGCUUCCUCACCUUUCUACACUUCACAGUCCACAGGCAGUGACUUGCAGCAGUUCCACAGAAUUAGAGGGAACUGGUUCUGUAAGUGGGAACUCUGAAUCAAGGAGACAUUUGAUUAAUUUCUAAACUUUCAUUUUGCUGGUGAGGGGCUUAUCAUAAAAACUGAAGAUUUAUAACAAAACUUCC